ACUUCAAGCGGUAACGGUUCGAAAAUUUUGGCUGGCAAGCGGUUUUGAAAAGAAAAAAAGAAUAAUAUUUAAAAGUAUUUAUUAUUAAAAACUUCUAACGAGAUAUAAACGUUUGUUAUUGCAUGCCACACGUUGCAUGCUAAAUUAACAACAGCAUGAACAAACGACGGCCUAAAAAGAAAAAGUUGCAAGAAUACAUACAAAUUCAACUACAACACUUUGCACGUAUCGUCAUAAAAUAUCUCAUUGUAUAAAUAGAAAUAUUUAUAAAUUUAUCACAAUAAUUACUAAAACAAUUCGAUUGGAGCCGUAGGAGUAGAGCAUAAAGAGAACAGGAAUACAACAUGGCUACCGGUAUUGAACUGUUAGUGGCAUCAGCCUUGUGUCUAUUGUGUCCCAAUGAAACGAUACAAUAUCCAGCUGGACUUUUACAUCUUGAUGCAAAUGGAGAGUUAACAACACGCGUAGAGCUGAAACCUUUAGAAGAGAAAUCAGAUGUAGCAUUGGAUGAUGUACCCAUUGAAACAUUGGAGACCAUAGCUCUAAAAGCACAAAAGUUAACAAAAUUAAAAGAAUGGAUUAAUGGACGUCAUUUGCGUAUAGCCACAUUGGAGGAUUAUCCUUUAAGCUAUACCAGACGCUAUGAUAAUGGUACAGUUGUGGGUUUGGGUGUAGCAUUCGAAUUGAUUGAUUUCCUAAAGGAAAAAUUCAACUUUACUUAUGAGGUUCUGGUGCCGGAAGAAAAUAUUAUUGGUUCAAAAACGGAUUUUGCUAAAAGUUUAAUAAAAAUGUUAAAUACAACGGAAGCUGAUAUUGCCGCUGCCUUCUUACCUUUACUCUCGGAACAGCGCGGCUACGUUUUCUAUUCUACUACAACCUUAGAUGAAGGUGAAUGGAUAAUGGUUAUGCAACGUCCUAAUGAAUCAGCUUCGGGUUCUGGUUUAAUGGCACCUUUCGAUCAUUGGGUGUGGAUUUUAAUUUUUAUUUCUCUGCUCGUUGUCGGUCCAGUUAUUUAUUUCUUGAUAAUAUUGCGCAAUAAAUUGACAGGAGAUACGGAACAGAAGCCCUAUUCGUUGGGUCAUUGUGCUUGGUUUGUUUAUGGUGCUCUUAUGAAACAGGGCAGUAUUUUGUCUCCAGUUGCAGAUUCAACACGUUUAUUAUUUGCAACCUGGUGGAUCAUCACAAUAUUGACCUCAUUUUAUACGGCAAAUUUAACAGCUUUUCUCACGCUAUCAAAGUUUACAUUGCCCUUUAAUACGGUCAACGAUAUAUUGAUGAAAAAUAAACAUUUCGUUUCACAUCGUGGUAGUGGUGUUGAGUAUGCUAUAACAACGACCAAUGAAAGUUUAUCGAUGCUUAGUCGUAUGGCUCAGCAAAAUUAUGCCGUCUUUACCGAUUACACUAAUGACACCUUGAAUUUGCACAACUAUGUCGAGAAGAAUGGUUAUGUAUUUGUGCGCGAUCGACCGGCAUAACGCACUCUCUAUUUGGAUUAUCGUUAUCGUAAAACUAUUAGUUUGACCAAUGAGAAGAUUCAUUGUCCAUUUGCCAAGGCCAAGGAGCCGUUUUUGAAAAAGAAACGUUCGUUUGCAUAUCCGAUCGGUAGCAAUUUGAGUGAUUUGUUUGAUCGAGAAUUACUCAGUCUCGUGGAAUCGGGCAUUAUAAAACAUCUUUCAGCUAAAGAUUUACCCAAUGCCGAAAUUUGUCCUCAAGAUUUGGGUGGCACUGAGAGACAAUUGCGUAAUGGUGAUCUUAUGAUGACCUAUUAUAUUAUGUUUGCUGGUUUUGCUACAGCUAUUGUUGUCUUUAGUACAGAACUUAUCUUUCGCUAUAUCAACAGUCGUCAUGAUUCACACAAUCAAUGGGCCACCCAUGGUGUGGGUCGUACACCGAAUGGUCAUCAAAUUAAACCACACAAAUGGUUUUGGCGUAAAAAUAGUUCGGAUAGUGCUAAGAGAUUGCUUAAUGGUUCGCAACCGAGUAAUAUUACCCCACCGCCACCUUAUCAAAGUAUUUUCAGUAGUAAGGGUCGUCAAGAUGUUAAGAAUAUGAAGCGUUGGCAUCAGGCGGCUAAUUUUGGUGCUAAUGGUAAUGGUGGCGGUUUUGGUGCAUUGAGACCGGCAAUAGCUGAUUCACAAUAUGGUGGCAUGGGUAUAACAUCAACAGGUCUAAGGAAAUUUAUAAAUGGUCGAGAAUAUAUGGUCUAUCGUACGCCCGAUGGUCAAAGUCAAUUGGUACCGGUUAGAGUGCCUUCAGCAGCUCUAUUUCAAUAUACUUACACUGAGUGAGCUAUUUUUUUUUGACAUGGAUUUGAAAAUUUUAAUUAUUUCAUUUUCAUUAUGUGUAUGUGUUUUAGAUUUUAGUGAAAAUAUUUUAUUAU